GUUUUUGACACAGAGUACAUUAUAUAUAGAAAUUUUGAUAAAUUUUGAAAUUAUUGACGACUAUAAUCAAAUUUUCUAACUUGUAAUAAACUAAUGAGCCCUGUUUAUAACAUUUCAUUCACUUCAUGUUUACGUUCAGUAUUUUUAUAAGUUAAAAUGGAUAUUUUUAAUUCAAACAGCAUCGAAGAAAACUUUCCAAUAAAUGUGUGCCGUUGUUGCCUUGCAGAAGGUUGUUAUAAAGAUAUUUCCAGUGAAUAUUUUAUCUCAGGAAAGAAAGAAGUCUACGAAGAAAUGUUGAAAGAUGUUUUCAAUGUGGAGAUUUCGUACCAAAAGUAUGGGGGCCCAAGCCGUUAUAGUCGACUAAUUUGUGAAAACUGCAUUAUAAAACUGCGGGAUGCAAGAGAAUUCAAAUAUAAAGUUUUGGCGAGUGAGAAGUCUUUUAUCAAGUAUUUAGAUAACAUGCAAAUAAAUAUAAAACAAGAGGAAAAUAUUCAAGAAACCGAUAUAAUAUCAGAGGAGCGUGCAAUUAAAGUGGAACUGGAUGUGAAUACCGACAAUGAGGUCGAAAGUUCUGAAAAUGAUAUAUUUGGGAACAGCCAGGUUGUUAAUUACUAUGAUGUGUUGGGAAUUAAAGUAGAAACUGAAUUUAAUAUCGACAACGAGAUCGAAAGUCAUCAAACGUUGGAGGAACAAAUCGAGGAGAAUCACACUGAUGUGAUGGGAGUUAAAUUAGAAUCUCAAUUGAAUGACGACAACGAGAUCGAAAGUCAUGAAACUUUGACAGACCAAACCGACGGUAACCACAUUGAAAUUUUCGGGAAUUUAAAAUUGCAGCUGAACAAAGAAUUUAAUAACAUAUCGACUGGAGGAGAAAAUGUAUGCGACAAGCGAAAAUCAACUACAGAAAGUAACACAAAAAGCAAGAAGCCGAAACCAGCUGACGAGGGCACAAUUGCAGAGAUGGGUAAAUCAAGAGCAGAAUAUAUGCGAGCUUACCGGCAGAAAAAACGUGAGGAAAAAUUAAAAACUGGAAAGGUAGAGCUAAAGAAAAUUGCGCGUAAUUCGACUCAGCGUAGCAGAGAUUAUCGGGCACGUGUAGCGAACUUAAUUCUCUCACAGACAUCAACGGCCGACUCAACUGCUCCUUUAUCAACUUUAAAAUUGCCAUCGCUGCCAUUUUCUGCUACUAUGUCUACAUCAACAGCGACUGCGUGUAAUACUGGCCUUGCAGAAAUUCACCCACGCCCUACCGAUGUCGAACAAUAAAGAGAAGAUGUUGAACAAGUGUCACGAUUAUCGAAAAUUCAGUACCGCUUACGAUGAGCUUGGAACCGUUUUUGAACAAUAAUUUUGGUGCUGUAUGUAGUGUUUGUGAUCGUCUAUGGUACGAAAAUAAUAUGAAAAGCCCACCUCCACGUGCAAGAGAAUUUAUCUCGGCUGAAUUUCCAGAUCUCAAUUUUGAAACUGCUUGCGUCUGCAGUACGUGACGUUUGGCACUUGUAAAAAUAAAAUUCCGACACUAUCAAAGUCUAAUGGCUUUAAAUGUCCAUCGAGGCCUCAUUUGCCUGAACUUGACUUGAUUUCUGAGCGUCUCAUCUCGUCACGAUUAUCAUCAUGACCAUCAGGAGACUUCGACACGGAAAUGAUCAGUAUGAAAUUUUGCGACAGGCAAUCAACGUGCCAGUAUCUGUAGAUAAUAUCGUCAGAACUUCUUCUGCCUGAUCUUGAUGAUGAAUGUGCGAUCAAUGUCCAUAUUAAAUGUAAAAAAAAAUACUCAAAUCCAGGUAUCUAAUGGGGUACGUCAAAAACGCGUGGUAAAAACUUGGCUCGAAUAUUUAAUUAACCGAGAACUAUCGAUGAGUCGGUGUUUAAUGCUGAAGACCCUUCUUCCGCCAUAGAUCCAAUAGAUCGCGAUGAAUUCAGUGAAGUAAAUAAAAUUGCAGAAAGCUUGACAGCACAACAAACUUUGCUUUGGGAUGAGAAUAAAUUUUCGAGCUUGCUCCUGGUGAGAAUAACUUGCCUAUAGUAAAAUUAUUUUGUGCGUGCAGUUGGGGUCAUAAAUCAUAGCUCAGCUUCAGCCCGGCUAGGGCGGUGAGCAAAUUGCGCGGGCGCAACGCCAUUAUCGAUAACAACAAAUUUUAUGUUAGAUAUAAGUUAUUAUCUUUAUAUUUAUAUUUAUUUUUAAUAUAACUUGUUACGUUCGAAACAUUUGUACUUAGAGUUUUUUUUUUAAUAGAUACCUGAUUAGUAAUUUAUUUUAAAUCAUUAUUAUUCUAUUUUAAUAAAUACGUUGUUUUAUCUAAUUUUUUUUUCAUUUUUAUCACUAGCCCACAUAAUGACAAAACUAAAUACACUAUCGAUAACUCUUAUCGACAACAAUAAUGCGCAUCACUAUGCUCGCCCCUAAGGCCCGUGAGUGGGAGAGAGAGCGAAAUACUCCGAUAAUUUAUGAAACAAACUGCACGCACAAAAUAAUCCUAGUAUAAGUGUAUAAUCUUAUUUGAUGAACAUUGUUAAGAACUGUCAUUGCCAUCGAUCUACCUUGAGCAAUUCAGAACUUUUAAGGAAGAAUAUAAUAGAAUAGAAUCAUUUUUAUUCAAUGUAUAUUACAGGUAAUUUUUAUUGAAAAUCAUUUUUAACCUCCGACGAAAAAGAGGGAUGUUAUAUGUUUUUAUGUUUAACGUGUGUAUCUGUGUGUGUAUCUGUGACAUUACAGCUACUGAGAACGGAUGUGCCGUUUUUGAUUGAGUUUAUUUCUUUUGAAAAGUGUCUUAAUCAAGAAUGUUCUUAACUAUGAUUCAAGAAAAUCGGUUCAGCCGUUUGAAGAUCAUCAGCUGUUUUUGUUUCGAGGUUCUUUUUUAAUUUAAGUUAUAUUGUUACUGUUACCACCGGUUUGGAAAAAUCUGCCCUGAAAAGAACCAGCAAGAAACCCAGCGGGACUUUUUUUUAAAUAUAAAUCAAUUACACAAUAUAUAAUUUUAUACAAUUAUUAUGAAAACAUUUAGUAACAGCACGGUAGCGAUCACUUCAUACCCAGCGGUUGUUUUUUUUUUUUAAUUUAUUUAUGUACACACAAUAAGAUACAGAAACAGUCUUAUAGUGAGUUUGUACGAAGGUUCUAUUAUCAACCAUGUGCUCUUUACUUGGUACUCUUUGGUUUUUUUUUCCACCCAGAAAUAUAUGAGCGACCUGAAUACCUAAGGGUGCGUACAGAUCAAGUAAUAUGUUGUAUAACUUUUGUUUUAUAACACGUCCACAUUAUGUAACAUUGUUUACAACAUUGCAACAUAUAACAAUACUGUACACAUUAGAAUAACAAUGCAAUAUAACAAUGUUAUAUGACAUUGUCUUUUGUCUUCUUGCUGUUCGAAUUAUAUAACUGUGUCACGUUAUAUAACAGUGUCACGUUAUCUAACACAUUUAUAACAUGUUAUGUUAUAUAAUGUGUACGAACCGUUACAGUUGUGUUAGGGGACACCUCCGCUCCCCCUCCUGCCGGAGAGAUCAUUGUUAUCAUUUUGAUGUUAGGUCUAUGGGAUUUUCUUUUUAAUUUUUCUCACGUACGGUGUAUUACCUUUUCAUGGGAGUGGUGCCGGGGUGUGGAGGACACGCCCCUCUCCCCUACUCUCCCUCCCCCUCCUGCCAAAAGAUUCUAAAUUUUUACUCCAGGUUUGAAUUCAGAGCCUCAUAAAAUAUUGUACAUGGAAAACCGAAUUAUAUAUUCAUACGUAAUUCGUUUUUCGGUGUUUUAUUUUAAAUUGAAAUAAAAUUCCAUUACGAUAUCAUGUUCAUAACAAAUUCAACAAUAUUGAUAUAAACAUGAUAUCGUCUCUCGCACUCAGUCAUAAAACACACUCUAUCAGGAUGACCGGAAUAGUAAAACAUCACAUGAGAAAUACGCCUACUCUGUUGUUGCCCGAUUUGGUGUUGCCGCACAUACAGAAAUUAUCGAUGUUGUAGGGUAAACAUUAAAAAGUAAACGGAGUCACCAAUAUUACAAGUCUUGAAGAUUUAAUUAAGGUAUUUUUGCGUAGUAUAGUGGCAUUAUGUUACUACAUACUACACAAUAUGAAAUAAUUGUUACUACGAAAUCCGGCCCUGGUUACGUCGUUCACCAAUGCAACGCGGCAUUCACGUAGUUCGUACGUGUUAAGACAGAUGGCGCUACUUUUGCUUGUUUGAAGAAGUUAUAAGUAAAAUGUUUAGAUGGCUUUAGAUGCUUCGUUUUGAAAUCAUUGAUCGUAUUAUGUAUAAUGUCGUUUGACGUGUAAUGUCUAUAAUAUUUUACUUAAAAUAUUAUUGUGAAAUGAUAUCUGUAAAGAAAAUAUAACAUUAAAGAUGGCAUGUUUUAUAAUAGGAUACAAAUCUAACUCUUCCCGUAAGGAACAUGGUUCAGAAUUCGUAAGCUUCUACCGGUGUGUAGGUUUAUAUUAUCCUAGAAUUAAAUUACAUUAUAACUGUAAAUAAACUGUUCUUCACAUUAGUGU